CAUCUGAGAUACACGGACGCUUUCUUAUCAUAUACACCUGUUAUCAAAAAGUUUUUGCAUAAUCGCAUUAUUUACUAUUUUACUAUAAUAUUUUGUUGUCAUGAGCUUGUUAUGAAAGUGACUUUAUAAUUAUAACUACGGCACAUAAUUACGGACCAGGUGCAAAGUAUUAGGUAUUGCAAAUUGAAAAAUGGACUGAGUGAAAUGUUCUUUCGAAUAGACUGCUCCUAUUCGAAGAUUCUCGCGGGCGUCUAAAUUGAAAAUGUUGACCACGAAAUGAAUUGUUAUGGACGAGCAACAAUCAGUGUCCGAAAGCGUGGAGACGAGUUCCAUAUGCGAAGAAGAACGGGCGAGGAAACUAUUCCAAGCCUGUGAUGGCGAUGGCGAUGGUUACAUCGAUAGUCGAGAUCUGUUGACUAUAUGUCGUCAGCUAAAUUUAGAAGACAGUGUUGAUGACUUGAUGAAAGAAUUGGGUGCUGAUAAAUCUGGUCGUAUAUCUUUUGAUGAGUUUGUUAGACGUCGUUUGGAAUUAAGAACAGAAAUCAAUGCACUUCGUGUUCACAUCUAUGACCCAUUGCCUGAAUACUUGCCUACCAGUAGUGAUAAUAGUUUGGGAGCAUUAUCUGGCGGUAAACACGAAAGCUGGGAAUUUGAUAGUGGAGCUAGAGACCUAAGCCCUGAACCGAAUUCUGUUCGUAUGCAACAUCUGCUACAAACAGGAGGAUCAGCUAACUCUGGAAAUUUACUGCAUCUUGCAAAUAAAUUACAUUUAGCUGCAUUGAAGUCAUUGAAAACUGAGAUAUCAGAUUUAACUAAACAAUUGCAAUUGGCCAAUGAAAAAAAUGACAUUCUCGAAACAUCUAUAAAUCAAAUCAAAAUUUCAACAGAAAUUGAUGUAAAACAGAAAUAUGAAGAAAGAAUUACUGAAUUGCAUUCAGUCAUUGCCGAGCUCGCCCGUAAGUUACAAGUACAAAGGUCCCAAGUUAUUACUGAAGAAAUAGAAGAAAGCCAAUCUGAAAUUGAUGGACAAAGUAUUGAAACAUCUUCAUUUAUUCAAGAGUCCAUUGUUUUAUCUAAAGAAGGCGACAGUGCAGCUUGUUUUGAUGACCAUGAAACCAAGAAUCAUAAUAUAAUAUAUACUGAUGUACAUACUAAAUUGGCUUUAAAAGAUGAAGAAUUGAAGAAAACCAGACAAAUUUUGAAAGAAGUAACUGAUGAAAAGGAAAAAUUAGUAUUAAAGCUACAGGAUACAGAAAGCAGUUUUUCAUCAGGCCCAAUGUCUCCAUCUCGUUUGUUAAUGGAAACAUCUAAACUAGCCGAAAAAGUAAAACUGCAAAAGCUCAUUGAAGACAGUGCAGAAGCCAACCUUGAAGGCACUAGUAUUUGUCAAAAAGCUAUAGCUGAACGUCUUGCAUCAGCUGCAAUUUCUGAUUGUGAUUUAUUAGAAUCUGGAGACAAAGAAGUUUUGAUGUGCCAAGUUGAACAGUUGCAAACACGUUUGGAUCAUGUACGUUCACAAAUGGCAGUUCUUGAGCUUAUGUUUGAACAAUCAGCUGCUCAAACUGACAAGUUAUAUUUAAUAUUGGGAAAAUAUGAAUCAAACAUGAUUGCACUAAAGUUGGAGGUAGAAACAGGCGAGGAAAUAAUGAAUUGUUACUCAUCUUUAUUGUCCAUCUAUGAUGGUUCAGCAAACGAAGACGAGAAAAUGAUGAAAGACGAAAUCAUAGAGUUGUUACAUAAUUUAGACGAAGAAAAGAAAAAAAUCGGGUCAACAGUAGUUGCUUUAGAAUCAUAUCAUUGUGAGGAAGAAACAAUCAAACCUAGAAGUCGUAAUCAAGUAACUCGCAUUGACUUAGAAAUGGCAGUUCUUGUACAAGAAUUGAUGGGAAUACGAGAAGAAAAGUGUGAACUUCAAGAACGUUAUGUAGCAUUGCAAAAACAUAAUUGUGAGAUAGAAAAACGUUUAGCAGAGUGUGAAGAACGGUCUAAAAUAGAUUUAGAUACAAUCCAAGCAUUAGAGCGGCAAUUGUCAUCUGAGGACAUUGAUAGUACUGCUGGUGUAAAUGUGAAGCUACAGAAACAGUUGAAAGAUGUUACAACAGCAUAUCAACUCGCAAUAAGAAAUUCUGACACUAGACAUAAACAAAAUAUUACAUUGAUUGAAAAACUCCGCAAUGAAAACACAAUGCUUGAACGUAAUUUGGAAAGAGCUAAACGUAAAUCUCAAUCGCGUUUAAAGAAAUUGGAGUCUGAAAUUGAAAUUAUGGUCAGCACACACACUCUUCAGGUGAACAAUUUAAAAGAAAGAAUUGCUGUCCUGGAAUCAACAAUUCUAAGUAAUGAAAUCAGUAAGAGAAACGAAACUACUUUAUGAACCUUAAAAAA